AUGGCCAUCAAAGACGCCUGGCGCUUCGACAAGUCCCAAUGGGCGCUCAAAGCCGGCAUCGCUUCGGCGCUCGUCCUCGCGACCAUUGCGUGGUACGCGCUUGAGUGCGCCCCGGUGUUUCCGAUCCACGCCAUCGAUGCGACGUGUCACAGAGCGAGCGCGGUUUCGCGACGAUGGAUUCACGCAGGCUGAUACCGGCGAUAGAGUGCAAUGACCAGACGCUCCUGGUCUUCGGCAUCGUCUACGUGGCCCGCCUCUACCAGCGAUGCUCGUGCUGUGGUCCCGUCCGCCGGAUUGGCACGAGAUCCCCAUCGUCUACGUCUUCUUCAUCCCGUCGAUCUUCUACACGAUGGCCCGCGGCAAGGUCGACGAGUGCUCGGCGCCCGUGACGGCCGCCGCCAUCGUGCUAUACGUCGUGGGUUCGGGAUUCUCGACCAUCGGCGAGUCCCAGCGCUACAUUUUCAAGAAACAGCCCGCCAAUAAGGGUAAGCUGAUGACCGGCGGCUUGUGGUCUCUGACGAUGCACGCCAACUACUUCGGCGACACGCUCCUGUUCACGGGCUGGACGCUCGCGUCGAGCGGCCUCGCGGUGUCGUGGACGUGGUGGGCGGUGCCCGUCAUGACGGCGUUGUUCGUGUUCAUGCACAUCCCGGGCCUCGACGAGUACCUCGCGGACCGCUACCCGAAGGAAUUCCCCAAGUACGCCGCGACGACGGCGAAAUUCGUGCCUUUCGUCUACUGA